ACCAAAACCAAAAUAAAAAGUUAGAGGCCAAAAAAAAACUGCUUUCGUCUCUUAAAACCUAGGUGGCGCGAGCUACCGUCCAAUAUAAAAAUAAGUCAAUUUUGUUUAUUUGUCUAUUCAUACAGGCGCAGCCAGUGGGCGCAGCCUAGCCAAGCCCAGUCCCUGUCUUGCGCGCGCUUUCUGUCGUCUCUUGCGUGCCUGCGUUUGACCGUCUGCGUCGCCAUAAUUGAUUUAUCGUUGCUUGCCCGCGUCCCCAUCAUUGCUCGACCGUUAGAGGUGGACGGCUGGACCUCGACCGCCCGUACGCUCGGUUUUUUUGCGUCGCGGGUGUUGUGGGCGUCCGUUGGGCGAUGUACGCAUUUGUAAAGUUUACCGACGGUGGCCGACUGGUUAUGCCGAUCUCGAUGAUAAAGAAGUUUAGGCCUAGGGAUGAUCAAGACUGCAACCCAAAACAAAAGCUUGAAGCGUUCUGGAUCUCUGAGAAAGGAGGGGAAGAAGGCUACUACGAAGCGACGGUGGAGAUGCUUGGAGGGACAGUUGAACUUCUCAUCCAAAAAAUGCAGAAGGCAAGAGUAGCAGUGCCAAGGAUUCUCAACAACCUCCCUGAAGGUGGAGUUGGAGACUCCAUGCAGAAGACGUCGUCAAAAAACCCAAAGAACGGAAAACAAGCACAGCUUAUUGCUCAAAAGAAAUUGUGCGAAGACUACAACUCCAACAGGACAGAAACCUCCAAGAGAACGAGGUCAGAGAGCAGCGAGAGUGAUGAAGAGACUAAUUCACUUCGUCAAAAAAAUGCAGUCAUUGUCCAACUUCGAAAGCGCUUGAGAGAGGAAAAGGAAUACAGCAGGCGGCUAGGCCUUGCCCUUCUGGACAAGAUUGGUAUGCUUCUUUGAACCGGUCUUAUCAGGGGUGUGACAGCUUUGCCACUAGACUGUGCCAAAUUCCCCAGCACCAGGGAAGAUGCGGCGAGUGAGCACUCGGGGACCGCCUUUCUUGGCAAUGCAGUCAAAAGCUAUGGGCACGAGCGUCAUAGUCGUGCGUAUGUCCUCAUCGUUUGUGAUAUUCCAAGAAAUGUUGUCCCUAACUAGAAACAUGCCUGCCUUUUGGUAGGAGACAUUUGAAGUAAAUAACGAAAAUGAGCCGGCAACAAAUGCUAGUGAAACAUUUCACUUGAAUUGGGUUUCUUUCUUUGCUGCAGACAUUAUACAUCUCCUGCGCAUGUGCCUAAACUCGUCGCACGCAUCUGGAGGCUCGGCACAGUGUAUUGCACC